AGUUUGUGAGUGAGACUGUCAGGUUUGCGUAGCGGUCAGACCCACAUGCACAGUGCGGACACGUUGGUAAGUUUGUAGAUUAACAGUCUUUAUUCCACAAUCGUAGUCAAAGGCAGGCCGGGUCAUACACAGGUGAUCUAUGGUAAGUACAGAAGGAGCAGGCAGAAUCAAGUCCGGGGACAGGAAGGGCUCGUUAAGAGCUAAACACGGCAGAGGUACAGGUAGGGAGCAGGCUUUCUCUUGGUCAGACGGUCAGGUACGUUACCAGCGUUUCCACACUGAAGGUACAGGCAAGGAGCAGGCAGGAGUCAGGCUCCAAAACAAGAUCAAGGACACGAUCGACUAUACGAGAAUGCUGGAACGUGGUGAAUACACACGACAAUCUGGUGUCUGACUGGUGUGUGAGGUGGUGUCUAAAUACUGGUGGUUCAUUACAUGAUUGCUGACAGGUGUGCGUGAUGAACUUGGGAAAGCAUGGAAAACAGGUGUGACAUGAGUGGAGCAGGAAGUCCUUCAAAGUAAAACAGGAACUGGAACUAGAACAUGACAGAGACUGGGUGAAUCAUGAUCAUAAGACGCGUGGGUGAGAUAAAAUGUUAAAUCUAAGUUGAACUGGUUGUUUUUCUAGAUCUGAUGUUGAUCAAUGCUGGUAACUAAUGAAAACAGGCUACAAGAAGGAGAAACAGUCAGGAUGAUGUGGAGUCUCUUGUUCAUGUCUCUGAUCAUUGUGUCAAACACACAGAACCUGAUAAAAGUCGAGAAAACAUCUCAGUCUUCAACCUUUACAUAUGGUUCUGUUACUUACUCUUCUGAAAGAGCCGUUGUUGGGAACUGGGCACAAUGUACUGAUACAAAUGCAAGGAACAACAGCUGGUGGAGCGCUGACCUGCUGGGCCUGUAUGAGAUUUAUAAUAUCAUGAUCUACAUCAUUAAUCAAAGUAACAUUAAAAUGGAGGGAGCUCAGAUCGUCAUCGGGAACUCAUCUGAGAAGACGAUUAGCACCAGCAACCUGUGUAAAACCAUCACAAACUUCACAUUGAACAAAAACAACACUUUUCAGUGUGACGGUGGAUCAAUGUGGGGACGCUAUGUUACCAUAUAUUUACAGACACGCAUUCUUAUUCUGUGUGAGGUGCAGAUCUACGGAAUAAGGAAAGGUUUGAUGCUGAUUCCAGAGAACAGGACAUGGUUAGAUUCACUGAUCUACUGCAGAGACCACAACAUGGACCUGGCUUAUAUCCAUGACAAUGAGACCCAGGCCUAGGCUGAGUUGGAGCUACAGAACUCCAACAGUCCCUUUGUGUGGCUGGGCCUUCACUACACCUACACACUGGGGUCAUGGGUUUGGGUAGAUGAUCAUCCUGUACAGUACGAAAACUGGGAUCCAAAUCAAAACAGAAAAGAUACAUGUCACAUGAGUGUUGCCAUAAAUAAAGACAGCCAUUACUGGUACAGCAAACCUGACAGUGAAGAGUUUAAUUUCAUAUGUAUCAUAUAAGAGAAAUCACUGUCUAUUGUACAGGUGUCUAUGGUGUGACUGUUACAACAAUACAACAUUGUCUUUUUUAGUCUUUCCUAAAGUCUAUUACAGCUCCUUAGUUUUACUGAUGUUCACUUGGAGGUGGUUCUGUCCAAACCAGUCCACAAAUCUGUCCACCACUCCCUGAUUCUCUGUGACGUCACCACUCUGGAUUCAUCCUACAGUAGCAGAGAUUAGGAAAAAUUAUCCAACUUUUAUUUUACAUUUUUUCUAUUUACUGCUUUGUCUCAUGUUUGUAUGACAUUUACAAUAUAUUCUGUGCACGUUUGCUCACAUUAAACACUUAUAUUUGUA